CAUUGGCUGAGCGGUGAGACCGGAGCUGCAGCUGUUUGUGUUUCUGUCAGUUUUUGAGCUGCGGAUCAACAUGAAGCUGGUUCUGGUUCUGGUUCUGGUUCUGAGGGUGUCAGCAGACAUUCUUCAUGAGGACCUGUACAUCAGUGGAUGUUCAGACACGGACGGAGAGAACAUGUACAGUCUGGAAGGAGAAGAGGUUUCAUACAUCGACUUCAUCAAGAAGAAAGCGGUCGAACCUCAACCUCCGUUUGUGGAUCACAUGACCGUCACAGGACAGUAUGAACAAGCUGUGGCUAAUCUGCAGGUCUGCAGACAGAGUCUGAAUAUAGUCCGUCAGGCUCUGAAGAACAUCUCACUGGAACUCGAUGCUCCUUCUGCUCCAGUCAUUUAUGACAGAGACGACGUGGAGCUCGGUGAGGAGAACCACCUCAUCUGCUACGUGACCGGAUUCUAUCCAGCUCCUGUUAAAGUCCACUGGACCAAGAACGGACAGAACGUGACUGACGGAACCAGCCUCAACGUUCCCUACCCCAACAAAGACGGAACCUACACCCAGCUGUCCACGCUGAAGAUCGUCCCACAGCUGGGAGACAUUUACAGCUGUACAGUGGAACACCGAGCCCUGGACCAACCACUGACCAGGAUGUGGGAGGUGAAGGUGCGGCAGCCCGGUCUCGGACCUUCAAUUUUUUGUGGUGUGGGUCUGACUGUGGGUCUGCUGGGUGUGGCCUGUGGAACCUUCUUCCUCAUCAAAGGAAACGAGUGCAGCUGAUUGGUCGGAAUCAGUGAUGUCAUGAUUGUGGUCUUUAGAUGAAUAAAAAUCAUUAAUCAGGACUAACCUGAUCCUCUGUGAUUCUUCAUACUUAUUUACAAUAUUGACACAUUUGAACUGUAUUAUACUUGUGAUUGAUCUUUAAAAGUACUUCCUGUUUGUAUUAAAUCAGGUCUUUGGGUUGUGAUGUGUUUGUCUCCCUGGGGUGAUGUCACGUGUUGACUCAGAUCUCUCUGAAACAUGUUUGAUUUUUGUAUUGACAUGAAGAGGCGGGGCUUAAAUAUGUGUGAAGAUGUUUUUUUUUAAAUGUCUCGCUGCAGACAGAUGUCAGAACUGCAUCUGUUGUUGGCUCAAAGUCUUUUUGCUGUAAACAUUUAGUAAUUUCACAUUAAUGGUUUAAUCAAACACUUCAAAGCCUGUUUAAAUACUGUUUCUUAUGAUUUUGACUCUGUCUGGUUUUUAUUUUUCUGUUGUCUGUAGUUGAUUUAUAUCCACAUGAAAGAAUAAAAAUCAGAGUUUAUGGUGAA